CAAAAGUCGAAUACAUGUUUACUGACUAAAGUGUUUCAUCUACUGAAAAUGGCUGUCCACAAAUUGUGUGUUUUGUUUGGCCUCAUAGCCCUGGCACAUGCUGCAUAUUCUGCAGCCCAACGUAAGCUUUAAAAUUGACUAACCCCUGCAAACUAAACACUGCUAGUAGUAGUAUUAUUUGUCAGGUUAUUGUGGUUGAAUAAUUUUAUUUUUUUUACAUUAUUAAUUACAAUAAUUAAGGUAAUUAAAAUUAGAUUGUCAUUGUCAUUGUUGAGAUCAGAGAUGAUUUGUGACUGUCUCUAGACUAGAGUCAAGAGUCACUAGACUAGUACAUAGACUUGAACUCUAUACUGAACUGGUGUUUCCCAACAUGAGGCCCACGCCCCACAGGGGGGAAAUUUGAUUGUUUAAGGGGGGCAAUCUGCAUAAAAUUUGAAAAUUAACCGUCUACUUAGGGAAGUAUUAUUUUUGAAAUUAUCAUUAUCCGCAUUAUGUGAAUAAUGCUGAGCGUUAUCGGCAGACCGAAAUCUUCUAAUAAUGCCGAGCGUUAUCAGCAGACCGAAAUCUUUGAAUAAUGCAGAGUGUUAUUGGCAGACAGAAAUUUUCCCAUAAUUACGCAAAUUUCUAGCAAUAAUUAGAAUCAUAUUCCAAGCUGUUGGGGGGGGGGGGGGGGGGGGGGUUAGAGUUAAGUGGUAUAGGAUAUAUCGGUCUUUAAUGAGCAUGGCACAAAUACAUUUCAAAACCAAAGCUAGGCAUAUAGGCCCAACAUCGAUUAUAACAGAAUCUAAUCCUGUUCAGUUUAAGGCUAGUAUUUUUUCCUGAUCCUUGAGGGUGUCCUUAAGUCUAACCAGCUCUGUAGCUGAUAAAAAGUAAAUGUGGCUGGUUAUUGCACUGGCCAUACAUAUGCAAACUUGUAAACGCUGCUUCAAUUCCCCCAUGGGUAGGCCAACAUGAACUGAAAGGGAACUUUACUUCCCCAAGACUCGUAAUGCAUCCUACGACCCGGACGGAAAUUACGUGACCAUUCGCAAAUCUGCAAAUAAUGCCGAGCGUUAUCGGCAGACAAAAUCUUCGAAUAAAUGGUGAGCGUUAUCCGCAAAGCUCUGUUAAUAAUUACUUCGUUAAAUUUAAAUAAAUGUAUUUCGAUGAAAGAGCAACAUUAAAGUCUCUAUUUACUACUCACUGCAAUUUUCAAUCGUACUCUUGAGGCGAGUUAUGAAAUUUCCGUAAUCAUCGCUAAAUCUGGGAAAAAUCAUACUAUAAAAGAGAAUUUAAUCAAACCAUCAAUAUCAGCAUUUCUUAAAACGGUUCUGGAAAAAAAAAAAAAAACGUAAAAUCUAGGCCGAGGCUACUCAGUAACAAUUCUGUUAGCAGAAGAAUAGAAUAAUUUGAUACAUAUUUUUAAAUAGAAUGUGCAUAUGUUUCAAAAUAUUAAAAAAACAACAAAAUCUAAAUUUGACUUUGCAUAGAAUAAUGUAUAGAAAUAAAAAUAAAUUAAAAUUACAGGCCAUUAAGUGAACAAAAUCACCAAAAUUUUGCUGGGUUUUUUGUUUGUUUGUUUUUUUUUUAUUUUAACGCCACCCCCUCUCCCUCCCCCCACCCCGGCCUCCCAAAUUUUCCUUUUUAAAAAAAAAAAUCUGAAAGUGCCUUUUAAAUAUUAAAAAUUUUAAUUUUUGUUUAUAAUUGCUUAAUACUGCAAAAAAACCCCAAAAAAGCAGUGGACAGCUUUGUCAGCCGAUCGACAACUUAGCUGGGCAGAAUAGGCAGGCAAAGCUGCAAAGUGGGAUUUUCAAGAAGUCCCUUUAAAUAUUCCCAAUAUUUCUGACAAAUUGGAUUGAGCCAGAACUCCAAGUUCAUAUAACAUUUGUACUUAAUUGUAGUAUAUUUAUGCCUUUUAUUUUUUUUCUUUUACUUAAUUUAAUAACUUUGUUAUCACUCAAUCGAAAAUUCCAAAUUUUAACAAAAUAAGUAUAAUAGCUCUUUGACUGUGUGUAAUUCAUAAUCAUGCUGAAAAAAGACGCAUUAAUUUAGACAGCACAAUCUUAAAUAUAUCUGAUAAAAUAGUAAUAAAAUGAAAAUUUACAUAUAAUAUAACAACCAAUGAUAAGGUUGGAUAAUAAUACCAAAUGUAAUUGGUAAACCCAGACCAAAUAUAAUAACAUAAAAGCUUAAAUUAUUUAAUUUUUUAAAUUAUAGUAACAAGAUCAAACGUAAAUAAAACUUUAUUUCAUUAUGAUAAUUCAAAACAAGUGUCAUUAAAUUAGAUAGACUUGAUUGCUUUAAGGUCUUAAAUUUCUUGAGCUUUCUAAUCUGUCAACUGACCCUAAAUAAUACUGUUCCCAUUUUUUUUUAUCCCUUUCAUUUUCAGGGAUUAGUUAAAUUCAUUACUGGCAAAAUUCCCCCCCCCCCAACCACUGGCCAACAAUAACCUUGUUACCGCCAUCUUAGAGACUUGAUAAGUUAUUGAAAUCGGUAAAUUUGCGUUUUUAGCAUUACAUGACAAAAGUCAAAGACUGUUUAAAAAAAAUUGAAAAUUGAAAGAAAGUUGAUCAAAAAAUGUUUAAAAAAUCAUAAUAGCACACACAAUUCUGUAAAAUUCAACAAAAUAACUUUAAAACGAAGUAAAAAAAAAUGUUUAAAUGUCUUUGAGGGCUGCAUAAUAUCAGUUUGCCAGGCCACAGUUUGCACACCCCUGGUGUAUGUCAUUAAAUUUUUACUUAUUGUUCUAUUUUUUUUAUUCUUGUUUUUUGUUAGUGUUGCUAAUUUUUAAUGUGACUCAUUGUAUUCUACAGUGAUUUCGAAGAAAAAAAUAUACAUAAAAAGUUAAUUGAUAUUGACAAGAUAGUAGUAUGUGUGACUUAAUUUUAAAAGGAGUGUUGUAAAAGUUGUCUUAAUUAUUUCUUUAUUUUAAAUUAUUUUUUUCAUAUAAUUUAUACAGAUCGAACAUACUUGAGACUUACUGAACAGGAAUUCACAAUUUUGCCUCAUGAUGUAAGUUCAUAAUGUUCAUGAAGCCCUUACAAUCAAGUCUGCUAGAAGCUUCCCAAUAAUUUGUGUCAAACUCGUCUUAAUACUAGGCCAAUGCUGUCCAACCUGUGUUUUCUGCUGCCGGCACCAAAUUAAGAAUCUUAAACAAUUAUAUGUGUUGGGUUGUUAACAAAAAUGAUAGUCAAGUUUAAAUAUUUUUAUCAUUUUGAAGUGAAAAUUUUAAAGAUCUGAGAAUUUUAAAUUCUUAAAUAAAUCUUUUAUGAGCAUGUAAAUGGAUGGUGGCUUCACCACAGUGAAAUUUUGGGGACAUAGCUUGUGGAAACAGGGUUACAGACACAUAAAUUCUAGUAAAUAAUUUAGGCCUGGCCCUUUGCAUGUAUACAGUAUAAACAAUAUUCGCUGCUGAUUUUUACAUCUUAGAACCAGGUGCAAAUCAAAACAAAAAAAUGGCACAACAAUAAUGAAAAAUGAACUAUAAUGAAAUUCAACGCACUUUUUCCUUUUCAUGUAAAUAGGGCCUGAGCAAAAUAUCAGCUCAAAUGUAAUACAUUUAGUACUGCCUCACACCCAUCUAAGAUUAGCAUUACUCUUAAAAUGGUCAAUAAAGGCUUUUUCCCUAUCUAAAAAUGGAAAAGCUGUAAGGAGUUCCAAAGGUUACUAGUGCAACAGGAGAAAAUCUUUUACAGUCUGUAUUUAACACCAUCACCGAGUGGAAACUUCAGGAUAAAGUGAUCACCAUGUGAUUUAACACAACAGCUGUCCAAACAAGAUGAUUUAAUGUUGCUUGUAUCCUUUUUAGAAGUUUUUUUGUGGAGAUAUAUUCAAAUCGUUAUUUGGCUCAACAUGAGACCCGAAUGUAUUGAGUUCAAAAAAAUUUCAAGACUUUUGGCAAAAUAUAGACAAGUCAAAUUAUGAAACACAUGAAGAUGGUAAGCUAAAGGGAAAUCUGUUCGUGCAUAAAAAAAAAAGCAAUUGAGUUUGUAUUAGAUGAGUCUGAUACUCUACCCUGAGACGAUUAUCUUGAAUUUUUAGAGCUUACACUUAUUUUCUUAUGAGAAAAAAAAAAACCCAUGUGGUAAAAGAUUUCUUGCUCCUGGUGCCUUCCACCAUGCACGUUGGAUGUCAAAGCAGCUUUAAGAGCUGGAAAUGUACAUGUUUCAAUUCCAGUUUCAACUUAAAAACAAGGAGCAGAAGUCUUGUCUUGAAUUCAGUCUCUUUGUAGCGUAAAUAUAUGUUGAACACUGGAUGACAACUCCAGAUACUUCUGAUGCUCCUUUUAGUAAUCUGAAUUUGAUUUUAUUGCUAAAAAAUUACCAGCCCACUUCAAAUGCUGUGUCCAGAUCUGGAUUGAAUGCAAUUGGUCGUCAUUUAUCGUACUUGAGUGAGGAGUUGGUGAUAUUAGCCUUUUUCUCUGUAAGCGAGAAGUGGCGUUACGUUUCAUUAAAACGGCUUCCAGUGAAACAGUUGAUGGGCGACACAAAAUACUGGUAAUGAUUACCCAAACAAAACAUUAAAUACAUCUGUUGGUCCAUCCUGUGCUCUGUUCUUUGAAAUGUUUAAUCUGUACACCACUUCCACAUGAAAAAUUGGUACCGGUACCUGUGAAAAAUGUGAUUUAUGUACAAGCAAAGGCACUUGCCAGAUGACUUGGCCAUUGUGAACGCCAAUGCAGAUAGAGGUAGAGCACAUGCCAAUACUUUCAGCCCUUCCAUAACCAAGAAUGAGGAACAGAAACAGUUUCUCCUUCAUGUUGUUGAAAGCCAUCGGAAACAUCAUCCAAAUCUACUACCAAAUUAGUGACCAAUCUGGAUCAAUAAAUCUUCUGAUCUAUCAUGCAGGAAUAUUGUCAUUAACAUUGCAAGUACUUCUGAGGUGAUAUGUUGAUAUACUUUUUAAUGGGCUAGGUCAUAUAAAAAAUCUGAGGCAGUACUAGUGCCAAGUCUUCACUUUUCAUCUGGAAAGUUUUUGUUUUAAUUUUUUGCACUAAAUGGAAUUUUAAAAAUGUAGGUGCACUUGAAUAUUUUUGACUUCGAUUUUUAGAACCAUCUGUUCUAAUCGAAAGCAUAAAACAUUAUAUUUAACUGUUUAUAUAAUUAAACAUGUUAAAUCAAAUUCAUCAGUUGCCCAUGGUGUUGAUAUAGACAAUAAAGUGUUUUAGGGUUGUUCAGACUGAAAGGAGAGCAGAAAUGUGCAUAAAUUAGGCUGCAUAUUAUUGAACUUUGCGUCUUAAAGAAUAUUACCAUCACAAAAUACAAUUAAAAGUGGGAAAAUGAUUGAAAACCAUAACAUGGAUUUAAAAGUUAGUUUAUAAAACCAAGCCAUCACAGAAUAUAAUUGAAAGUGGGCAAAGAUUGAAUGCUAAACUUGGAUUUAACAUUUUGUUUUAAUAUCAUGGAAUUGUUGCUUAAAGAACAUAAGCUUUACCUUUAAAUUGGAAAAAAAAAAUAUUUUUGUUUUUCUAUUGUAACAGAUUUUUCUCCAGUGCAUUCUCGGUCUUCUCGUAACAUGUUAUGGAGUUGUCCAUGUUUCUGGAAGCUUCAAAGAGAUCAAAGCUAGUGCAGAGCAAGAUACCAAGUGAGUUUUUAUAACUUAUUGCCUUACUUUCACCCUGUCUGUUGUCAUAUUUUUGAGAACAGAUUUUUGUUGCAAAAAAAUCAAGUAGAGGGUGUUUUGUCAAGAAAAAUGCUCUUUUUAAUUCUACAGAUUUACACUUCAGUCUUAUUCAUGAGAUUCCAUAGUCUCAUUACAUCUGUCAAGUUAUUGUAUAAAAAACUAUUUCAGGAUGUUUUGUGCUGUUGUAAUUUGCUACAUGCAAUAUUCUAUGUACAUUUAUUAGUUGAUUUAUAACAUUUAUGUAUUUGCAUAUGCACAAAGACAUUUAUUCAAUAUACAGCCAUCAUCUGUUUAUUAAACUCAAAAGUGUCUGACUUCCAACUUAAAAGUUUGGACUUGUGUAAACUAGAUUGUGUCUAACUUCUAAGUGAGCUCCAAAGAAAUAGAUUUUGUCUAAGUGACCCCUAAGGAAUAGAUUUUGUCUACGUUAUAUUAUACUCACUCUAAAGUCCCAUUCAUUCCUAAGCUGACAGACUUAAUGUUGGCGGGGAAAGGCAUGAAAAGUAUAUAACCCCUCAUAAGCCCAUAAAGUAAUAUGCCAGUGCCAACAAUAGGGUACCAAACAAUGUCAGAAGAGCAUGAUUAAAAAAUAAUUUCAAUCAAAAUUUGUAAAAUUUGGCAUUAAAACUUUAUUUUAUUUCAAGAAGAAUAUAAAUCAAACAAAUAAUUAAAAUAUCUUAAAUUAUGGCAUUCAGUGCGAAAAAAUUUAUGGUAAAAAAAAAAAACUACUUAAAGUAAUUUGCAUUAUAAGCUGAUCUUUACAAAAUAAAAUAUUAUUAGACAUUCCCACUUUAGGUGUGUUUCUUUAUUCAUUAUGAUCUACUCUGUCCAUGUGUGUGUAAGCAACUUAUGAUUUUAUGCAUACAUGUAAACAAUGCGCUGAUGUAAACAAUAGGCUAAUGCCUGUGCAAGAAUAUCUACUUCACCAACUUGCAUUUUUUGACCAAGCACUAACUGUAUCUGCGCAUUCAUUGAUAUGGGGUUUGACAACAGUUCAUUUGAAAUAUUAUAAAAAAAAUUAAGGUAUUUUGUCAUUUUUGUUAAUAGAUCUAUUAAAUAAAAAUAGAUAUUUCUUUUGUUAGUUUUUAUUGUAUUAUCAGUAAUGUUAAGGAUUAGGAUUAACAGAUCACAUUAUAUUUAUGGUCAUGGCAUUAAAGGGCUGGUUUUCAAACCAAGUGACCAGCUUGCAUCAUUAAUAUUGUAUACAGCAAUAUACAGCAAGUGAAGAUAGUUCUGAAUAUUUAAAGCUUUUGGUAACGUAUUGGCUUUUAAUUUACAUUUAAAUUUACAGAUUACAAUAGACUAGGAUACAAAAAACAUAUUCAGUUAAUUUACAUUUAAAUUUACAGAUUACAAUAGACUAGGAUGCAAAAAACAUAUUCAUGGUACCUGAAGAAAAUUAUAAAAAUAUCCUAAUAUAAUCCUAAUACCCGCUCAUAAGCUGAGAACUUAUUCCCCUGAUUUUAUUUUUUAAAAGUCUGUUUUGGAUCAAGAAUAUUUGGUACCGGUAAGUGACAUCCUAAGAACUUGAUUUGUGUCUUAACAUCAUCAAAAUGAGAUGAAUCUAAGUGACACCCUAAAAACUAUAUUGUGUCUGAUUGACACCCUGAGAACUAGAUGGUGUUUACAUGAUACUCUAUAAACUAGAUUCAUUUCUCUAAUUUUUUUCAAUUUUUUCUUUUCAGAACAUGGGAAAUGCUUGGUAACAGGCAAGGUUUCAACAUGUUCCACCAUCGGGGCAAAGCUUUGUUUCCCAGACGGAAUUUUGCAUAACAUUGACAUCGUGUGUUGUUUUAGUGUCAGGCAUUUAUGAAAGAAAGUCAUUUGUCAUGUUAGGUUAGAAGUCGUGUGAUAAUAAUAUUACCAUGUCUAUCAGAAUGACCAAGCUGGUGUUUUGUGGUGUGUCCCAGUUAUAAUUUAUAUAAAGUUUUGUUGUUGUUUUUUUAAUCCGCAAUUUUGAUUUGGGGCAUUUUUUUUGUGGUGUAAUUUUCCUGUCGUUGGUUGUUGUCACAACUACAGAAACAAUAUCCAGCCACACUGGAACAGGAUUAGUUUUGGCAGUUUGAUUUCAUUUCUUUCAUGAGAUCUUUGAACGUUGUAUUCAUUUGGUGCCUGCGAUUCAAAGAUUGGGCCUGCAAGACAUUGGUGUAUGCUUGUCAAUAAGCCAGACAGUAUAUGAGGAGUGGCAAUGAAUCAGUGCUUGGCAUGUUUGGGAAGUGAGAGAUUUCAUCCACCAUCUUGUUUGGUAAAAGAAAAGAUGUUUCCGUUUAGGUGCACUAUUAGUGAAAUCUUUAAGGAUUCACAUUAAACCCAGAGUUCACCUCAUACAUUUACCCCGAGGGCUCACCUCAUAACCCCCAAAAGUUCACUUCAUCCAUUGACACCCAGGGUUCACGACAUCAAUAUUUCAUUCUUUCAUUCCGUGUAUUAUACUUUUACUAAGAAAAUAAAAAGUUUUCACCAUGUGAACUUGAGAUCUUUUAAAACUUGAACUUGUUCCACAGUUUUCGUCUGUUCAUGUUUUACAUGUUAUUUAUGAUUGGAUAUUUAAAUAUUUUUGUUGAUGGAACAAUCAUCAGGUCCUCCUACUGAAUAAACAAUG